GCCUCAUUCAAUUCACCUUGGAUCAAGUUGAUCUUGACAACGACUUUAUUCCACCAACAAAAUUUAUCAUCAGUCAAGUUCCGUCUGGUUCUUUCCUCGGCAGUACCCAUGACCUUCUGGUGACUGAGAGUUCCCAUAUUUCCCUCACGGAUGGGCGAAGGGGGUUGAGUUCCAAGGCUACUCGAUUGCUGCUCAACUAAGCGAAGUUUGAAAGGAAGCUGAGGAUGUCAGGCACAGCACCUCAGGGUACUGGCACAGGGCCGCCCAGUGCUUCUUAUGGCACCCAUGGCCAGGGAUCUGGAGGAGCAGGAGCUGGUGGUGGUGCUCCAGCGACGGCACCACCUUCUGCCCAGAAUCUUAACCAGAUUGUUACAGACUAUCUCCUGAAGCGUGGCUUCACACAGACAGAGAAGGUCUUCCGCAGAGAAUCGUCAGAUCUCGGCCCAGAUGGGCGGCCAAAGCACGAUCGUGUGGACCAUUUGGGUCCUAAGAAGUACGCCAAAGCUUUUAUUCUGCUCAAGGACUGGGUCGAGAACAACCUCGACUUCUACAAGUUUGAGCUGAGCAAGUUCCUCUGGCCCGCAUUUGUGUAUUCCUACAUUGAAUUGGUGGAAGGUGGAUACGCAGAGGACGCGAGCCAGUUCUUCAACACCUUCAGGUCUCAGUUUGAGAACGUCCACGCAGAUGACCUGAGGACCUUUGCUACGGUUACUUUGCCUCAGCACGUGCAAGAGAACAGCACCACCAGGCUGUACAAGAGGGAUAAAUAUCUCAUUCCCUUGAACGUGCAAGCAGCACAGAUCUUCUACAGUUUCCUGGAUAGAGAGCCCAAAUCCGGCGGAACUGUACUCGCCGAACUGUUUACUCAACAUUGCGCCGUUGAACAGCGCGAUCGUGGCCCCAUUGAGCCCUUCAGUUUUGAGGCCAUUUAUCGACGGGCCCAGGCUCUGAACCUCGACGAAGCCGACACUCACGAAGGGAUCCCAGGCGUUUUCACCGGAAUGUCUAACCGGGACGUCCUAGACACAACCACCCCACUGAAACUGGGCCCGAUGCCCAUGGAGGCUGAGCUGCGAGACGACGUGCGAGCCGAGCUCGAGGAAGAAGACCAUCUGAACCCGCCUGCUCCUGGCCGGCCUACGCUCGCUGACGAGUUCGACCGAAAGAUCAAGCGGGAGGAGAGCGCCGAUGUGCCGUCUCGAGCUGAAUUGCCUCUCCCCCCCUCGCGUGCACGAGACGUGGUCAUGGAGAUGCAGAAGGUCCGCGAGAAUCGAGACAGGUUCCGGGUCGAGGGACGGACUGGUGGCGUUGGAGUAGCGCUCUCAGCCUGCAUGUUCACAUUCCACAACACCCUUGGAAGUGUUUCCUGCAUGGAUUUCUCUCGAGACCAUCAGCUUGUUGCCGUCGGCACAAUGGAUUCGUAUAUCCGUGUCUGGAGCAUGGACGGGAAGGCCCUCAACUCCAAGCUGGCCAACGAGAAGGACCUCAAGGUCAACAAUCGCAAACUGAUUGGGCACUCGGGCCCCGUUUACGGCGUCUCGUUUUCGGACUCGAUCACCAACUUGGACCGCAACCCAUACAGCGAGGAGGGAGCCACGGGCCGAGUCGAGACAGACUCGAAGCUCCUGAUUUCGUGCUCCGCCGACGGCCAGAUCCGACUCUGGUCGCUCGAUGUCUGGGCCUGCCUCUGCAUCUACAAAGCCCACAACGGCCCCGUGUUCCGCGUUCUGUGGGGGCCCCACGGCCACUACUUCGCCACCGCCGGUUGGGACAAGACCGUCCGGGUCUUCAUGCAGGAUCAUGCCUCCGCUGUCCGGAUCAUGGCAGGUCACGACACGAGUAUUUCAGCCAUAACCUGGCACCCGAAUGGGACAUACCUCUUCUCGGCCUCUGACGAGACGGACAAAUCGAUUCGCAUGUGGGCCGUCUCUACCGGCGCCUGUGUCCGUGUCUUCACCGGCCACACCGAUUAUAUCAGCUCCCUCGAGUGUGCCCCCAAUGGCAAGAUCCUGGCCAGCGCUGACGCGGGCGGCAACAUCUUCUUCUGGGACGUCGAAAAGGGCACGCGCAUCAAGCGCUGCCGCGGCCACGGAAAGGGAGGCAUCCCAUCGAUGAGCUUCAGCGUCGAAUCCAACGUUCUCGUCUCUGGCGGACUAGACGGCACGGUUCGUGUCUGGGAUGUCGAGUUGCCCGCCGAUCCGGCCAAGGCCAACCCACUCGUUGGUGGUUCCGCCGCCCAGCAGAUCCAGCAGCCCGACGGAGGAGCGGUGGCGGCCGAUGGUGCGGCGGCGGGCGGCCAGGGAGAUAGCCGUAACAUCACUGUCGGUGGACAGGGGGCCCAGCCGUCGGCGGCCACGGGCACCGGAACCGGCGUCGGAGGAACUGGGAAGAAGAAGGGCAAGGAGGUGCAGAUAACCCCUGACCAGAUCAGCGCGUUCGCCACCAAGAAGACUCCCGUCCUGAAGGUCCAGCUCACACGCAUGAACCUCAUCGUUGCCGGCGGUUGCUACGAUCCUGAGCGGUAGGAACGCCAUGAUCUAUAAACAACUAGCCCUGGCGCUUUUUUGAGGCCAAAAAGGUCCGAUGGAGUUUGCCCCUUGGUUUACAGGACGGGUUGGAGUUUUCAUCAAGCAGCAGACGACCUGGAGUUUGGGCCGCGGGUUUGCUUUAUCUCGUCGCUAGGUUUUCUUCAGGGGGUCCGAAGGGUUUUUUAAAAGUUGGCAGGGGAGAUUCUUUUUGAUACCUCAGCUGCUAAAUAGCGAUCCUUCCGUAAAGCAUCAAUUCUGCCUUGAAUCACUAUUACACUGCUAAAUAUGGUCAUGA